UUGGGUCUGGCAACUCCAGUAAUGUUGAUUGCGGUUCCGAUUGGGAUUUUACCAGUGCAACAAGUUAUUCUACUAAAAUAAUUUCACUUGUUGCCAUACUACAUAUGCAUAUGUAUGUAAGUGUCGUCAAGACUUGCAUGAAUCAGCAAAGUCUUUGCCAAAUACGGCCGUUGUUGCAAGAUGAACGUGGCAGCAGAAGACAGGGCUAGCGACAGUCCAUCCAGAUCGGGUCGCGAGGACAACUCCAUGCCCAUAAGACUUUUGCCAGAGACUGUGCGGCAGCACCUGUGCGAACACUUGGACUCACUGGACGUGUGGCAGCAGUUGGCGGCGUUUGUGAAACUCUAUCCCAACGAUGUGCAGCACAUACAAAACUUGAGUGCACGCGGGCGUUCUCCUUCAAAUGAAUUCCUCAAUAUUUGGGGAGGCCAAUACAAUCACACGGUCUACAGCCUGUUUGCGCUAUUCCACAAAAUGAAGCUGCACAAUGCUAUGCGAAUUAUUAAAGAUUAUGUUGACGAAAAAUUCCACAAGUAUAUUCCGCGAAGUACGCCCAAUAUUAGCGAGCUGCGUGCGCCGCCCAACAGCAGCUCUAAAAUUAAUAAUGGACCACCGUAUGCCUCCUCAUCGGGUGUCACGGAAGAUAGCAAUAGCAAUAGUCUGGAAUCUCCGGGUGAUAUACGAGUUAGUAGCGUACAACGCGCCGCCCAAUCUCUGCUAGAAAUCGACUACGAGGAACUGGUGAUUGCUACACAAAACUGGCGCCCAGAGAACAAAUUAGGUAACGGUGGCUUUGGUGAAGUCUUUAAAGGCGAAUGGAAGCAGCUUGCCGUGGCCAUAAAGGCAAUGAACUAUAUUCACAAACACAACGACAAGACUCAAGUGCAUCUGCAGCAAAGCUACAAUGAGUUGAAGUACUUGAAUACCAUAAGACAUGACAAUAUUCUGGCGCUCUAUGGCUACAGCAUCAACGGGGAGAAGCCUUGCCUGGUGUAUCAGCUAAUGAAAGGCGGCUCGCUGGACUCCAGACUCAGGGCACACAAAUCAAAGCAGCCGCUGCCGCCGUUGACCUGGCAGGAGCGCCUCUGCAUAGCCCUGGGCACAGCCAAAGGCAUCUACUUUUUGCACACGGCGCGCAGCAAGCCACUAAUACACGGCGACAUCAAGCCCGCCAAUAUACUGCUGGACCAGUGCCUGCAGCCUAAGAUCGGCGACUUUGGUUUGGCGCGUGAGGGCCCCAAAUCAAUAGAUGCAGUUAUGGAAGUACGACAAGUCUUUGGUACCAGAAUUUAUCUGCCGCCAGAGUUUCUCAGCUCCAAAAAGCUCAGCACUGGCGUGGACAUCUAUAGCUUUGGUGUUGUGCUGCUCGAGGUGUUCACAGGCCGCCUAAUGGCGGAAUGCAUGCACCAAAAUGAUCAACAAAAUCUGCUUAAGUAUGUCAAAACCAACUGCCUGCAAUCGCAUCAGAAUCGCUUGGAGAUCUUUGACAAGCAUCUGGUCACGCCCAUGGGCGAUGAGCUAGAUAAAUGCCUAUGUGCCAUAGAAGUGGGUCUCAAGUGUGCGGCCGCAAAUCCACAGGACAGACCCUCUAUGGAUGAGGUGGUCAAAAGGUUUAAGACAUUCAGCAGCGACUCUUAAUAUAUGUUUAGCGCAAAAAGCAUUCCAAUAUAUUUUAUUUUUUACACGUA